AUGUUUCUCAUAUCUGUCGCGCGUUUUAUUUCUCAGUUUUCCCGUUGGGAAUUUACGCGGCCGGAAUGGUUGACAAAAAAUGUUUUAAUUGUCUGCGGAAUUAUAGCGGGCAUAGCAAUUAUUGCAGCCAUUGUGAUACCAGUGGCAGUCAUUUUCAGUAAACGUAAGCAUCUAACUUCGAAAGAAAUUGUCUGUCAUAUUAUCUUUUCUAAAACUGUAGAUUCGGUAGCAGCGACAACCAAUACAACAACCGAUGCACCAGUUCUUGCUUAUUGGAAUUUUGAAGGCAAUGGCAAUGACUUAUAUGGUGUUUAUAAUGGAACAAGUAAUUGUGGCUCAUGUCAAUACCUCACAACAGGAUUCUAUGGGGGCACAUAUUUCUACAUACCUAACACAAACAAUUAUAUGCAAGUGCCAGCCUCAUCCUAUUUCAAUUUAAACUCUCGAAGUUUCACAUUUGAAGCAUGGGUUUAUUUUUACAGUUUAUCGACUGAUCAGCCUAUAUUUAGUCAAUGUACAUGUACCACUUGUACAAGCCAGUGUUUAUUUCUUGUUGUUCGAAGUAGUAAAUUGUAUAUGGGCUUUAAUUUCAAUGAUUUAUCGGGAUCAACCACGUUGUCCACAUACACAUGGUAUCAUGUGGCCUUCGUGUAUAACUACCAAACGUUUCAACAAAUUAUUUACCUCGAGGGUGUUCAAGAUGCAAUCCGUUCUAGUGUGACGCCUUAUCUUGGAACAAAUGGAUCUAUGUACUUUGGUGCUUUACCAAAUUUAAUAUCGACUUAUUACUACGGCAUCAUAGAUAAUGCACAAUUGACCACGCGUGCUAAAAGUUCAACAGAAAUAUCAAAUGAUGCAAUGCAAGUAUUCUACUACUCAUUCGAUCAGCCAAAUCCCUAUUACGAUAAUGGUCCAAAUCGUCUAAAUGCAACAGCUACGAACAUUUUAUCAGCUACAACUGGACAUGUGGGUCAAGCCGUUCGCUUCACAAGCACUUCAAGUUAUUUGCAAAUAUGCUGUUUUACUGGGGUUGGUUGGCCUUCUAGUAGAUCGCUUUCAUUUGCCAUGUGGAUCUCCCCGUCAUCUAUCAAUGGCGGUAAUUUCGUAUAUAGUACUCAAGGAUAUCCGAUGCUUGGCUUAACUUACAGUGGUCAAAUCGCUGCCCAAAUUCUAGAACAAGCUCCUGUAAACGUUUGGGAAACUAUAUACGGUACUUUUGCAGUAGUGAAUACUUGGGUGCAUGUGGCCUGCACAUUUAGCGUAACAAAUGGUUUUAUUUUAUAUGUUAAUGGUGUAUCGCAAGGUGCAAUAACGGGCAUUUCUACGUACUAUUUUAACUACAAUUUCCAAACUAUUCAAAUGGGAACUGGUAAUGGUAACGGUUAUAUACCGUCGUAUGGCUUUCAAGGAUCAAUUGACGAAUUUUAUACUUAUAGACGCGAACUGAGUGCCACAGAAAUAUUAGCAUUAGCUAGUGUGUAA